AUGCUGUUGGCUCUCCGACGGCCACCUGUCGGAGCCGUUGUUGGACUCGUUGGCUGGGUAGUCCUGGGUUUGUUCUGUACGAGGCCAGUUCUUGCCAAUGGAAACAUCCAUGAAAUACUUCUUUUUGAAGAAGUUGAGGAUGCGGAUAAGCACCAAGAAAUUGCCCAUGAUGAACUCUACCAUCACAAGCUUGUUUUCCGGGAGAUUCAGCAGUUUUCUGUUGUCAACAAGACCUUCCUCGUCGAACACCAAAGAAAGCAACAAACAUGGGAGCAUGGUGAUGCCCAAGUUGUUGUUGACAAUGAAAUCCCCGUUAAACGGUGUAUUCAUGAACUGGUGGAGAUUCUUGUAGUCGAACAGGACGUCUAUUGGUAUUGCGAUUUUUUUACAGAGCUGUUGGCUAGUUUGGGACGGCGAGUUGAAGAAGUCGACGAAAUAGUGGAGAUAGACGUGGCCAAGGAUGAUGAGAUGGUUGACGAACUUGUUGAAACUGGGACCGGAGUUCUGGCGUCGUCGAACUCGUUCAUGCGACACGCGCCCAAACAGAUGAUCAGAUACAGCAUUUCGUCGGUAUCGGACAAUCCCUGGAGCUUGCUAAGGUUAAUGCUUGGGAGGUUGGCCUGCCAUUUUUUGCAGCUACCAAAAGCAAUGAUGUACUUGCCAACGGAACAAUUGAGCUUCAAGUCCAGAUACCCAAACUUGUUGGACAGUGUCAACAACGAGGUGAUGGUCUUCUCUGCAAUGAGGGCUGAGCUAUCCUCUGUGGAUUCCGCCUCGUUAGGCGAAUUUGGUAUAGCCGAUAAUUGCAAGUUGACGGGCCCGGAGUCUGAAGCUCCGGUAGGAGAUUUCAACAAUUCGUCCUUGGUGGAGAUGUUAUCAUCAAUGUUGUGCUUAAGAACCAGUCCAUGGACAGUUCGAAGAUGA